AUGUCAUUUCCUCCGUCUCCUUUUUUUAGUCUUCAUGAAAAAUUACCGUUACCUGAAAAUGUAAAAACUGAUGGACCUGCUCAUCUUGAUAUUGGAAGAAAAAUUAAUCGUUUUGUGAUAUCAGAAUUACUUGGUGCUGGAGCUUGUGGAGCUGUAUAUCUUUGUAUAGAAGUAGAAAGUCAAGCUAAAGCUGCACUAAAAGCAGAAUCUUUAAAUAUUGAUGGAAAUAGUUUAAAAUUAGAAGUACAAGCAUUAAAAAGAUUAUAUGGAAAAAAACAUGUUUGUCAACUUAUAAGUUGUGGAAAAAAUGCUGAAUUUUGUUAUCUUAUUAUGACAUUACUUGGACCAUCAUUAAGUCAACUUUUUCGUGUAUGUGGUUCAAAGUUUUCACCAUCAACUGUUAUUAGAAUAGCUAUACAAGUAUUAUAUGGAAUCAAACAAGUACAUGAAUGUGGUUUUAUACAUAGAGAUUUAAAACCAGCAAAUAUAGCAAUAGGAAGAAAAGUAACAGAUUAUAAAAUGAUUCAUAUUUUAGAUUUUGGUUUAUCACGAGAAUAUUUUAAAGUUGUAGAUGGUAAAUUAACUAUAAGAUCACCAAGACAAAAUGUUUCAUUUAGAGGAACUAUAAAAUAUUGUAGUCCAAGUGCUUAUAAUAGAAAUGAACAAUCUCGUGGUGAUGAUUUAAUAUCUUUAUUUUAUAUGUGUUCAGAAUUUUUAACAAAAUUACCAUGGAAAGAUAUGGUUAGUCGACAUCAAGUUAAUGUAAUGAAAGAGACAUGUCCUGAUGAAAUGUUAUUUUCAGGAUUACCAAAUUUAAUAGAAGCAUUUAGAUAUGUUAAAACAUUAAAAUAUCAUGACAAACCAAAUUAUGCAAAAAUUUUUAAUAUUUUUUAUGAUUUUAAGAAAAAAAAUUGUAUAAGUUUUGCUGAUUUAUAUGAUUGGGAAAAACCAAAUAGAAUUGAACGUUUAAAAAUUCUUAUACAUCGUAUAGCACCAUCAAAAAAAGAUUUGUUUAAAAAAAAUCCAUUAGAAUGGUUAUGGAAUAGAGAUGAUUAUACAACUGUUUUUUCAUUACACCAUGAAUCUAUUGGCCAAGAAAUGGAAAAUUAUCUAACACUUGAAGAAUUUGAAAAAUCUCAAAUAGAAUUUUGA